UUUAUUAUGACAAAUGAAGGAAUGACGGCCAUAUUGCUGGUUACACGCACGUUAGUAUUUGAGAAUUAACUAAGAAACGAGUUUACUUCUCUAUAGUAGUGUUUGCCAGCAGUCUCUGUUCGUAGGAAUGAGUUGCAAACGCAAACAAAAUGUCCGAACAUUACCUGACGAUAUGAAAAAGGAGAAACGCUGGCAUGUUGAUAUCAACAACUCUCUUCUCAACGCCACAACCAAGACAGCUUUGCAGGGAGCAUGGAGGGACCGCACGAGUUACAGACACGGUAAUGUGGAGUUGGACUGCAAUCCAUUCCCUCAUUGUGUGAUUAAUCAGUUCCUGCUCACUGAAGAGUUUGUGUCCAGCCUGGAGGAGGAGCUGUCCCAGCUGAGUUUCCACAGCAAGAGUAACGAUCUCUACAAGUUCAAACAGUCUGAUGAUUUGAAGAUCAGGGUGGAGCCAUGUAUCACAGAGUUGAGGUCCGUGUUGUUUGGCCAGUUUCGCUCCUGGUUAAGCGAGCUGUUGGGUGUGGAGCUCGAGCCAACAGUGGACAUUUCUUGUGCCAAGUAUCAACACACAGAUGUCCUGUUGUGUCAUGAUGAUGAGCUGGAAGGCAGAAGAGUGGCCUUUAUCCUAUACCUGGUGCCACCGUGGGAACUUGGUGAUGGUGGAACACUCGAUCUCUUCAGCACUGAUGAGCACGGGCAGCCAGGGCGUGUGGUGAAGUCUCUCGUGCCCAGCAGGAACACACUGGUCUUCUUUGAGGUGUCGCCUGUGUCCUUCCAUCAGGUGGCAGAGGUCUUGUCAUCUGAAAAGUGUCGCCUGUCUCUGAGCGGCUGGUUUCAUGGCCCUUCUCUCCCAAGAUUCCCCCAACACACGGAACCUCCUGCCGCUCGUCACAAGCACACCCCCAGUGAUGAGAAAAUAUUGCACAAGUGGAUCAAUCAGGAGUACCUGAAUGAUUGUUACCAGAUUCAAGUCCAGCAGGAAUUUCAGGAGAGUUCGGAGAUUCGUUUACCAAACUUUUUACAGAAGGAGAGGUUUCUGGAAGUGAGAGCUGCUCUGAAGUCAGCCGAGAUCCAGUGGGUGACCAAAGGUCCUGCCAACAAGAGGCGCUAUGAAUAUGCUGACCAGUCUUCACUGCCACCAUGUGUCCAAGAGUGUUGGGAGCUCUUCUCCUCUGAGGCGCUCUUCCUCCUGCUCUCUAACUUCUGUGGACUGAAGCUACAUCAACUGGCCAAAGACAAUGAGAGUAGUGAUGAUGAUGACGACGAUGAUGAUGAUGAUGAUGAUGAUGAAUCAGGAGUAGAUGAAGAAGGAACCGAGGGAAGACGAAAAGAUCGCGGGGACAAGGAAGGAGAAAAGAAAAAAGAUGGCACCUCCGCUGCCUGUGUGGGUGAGGUGAGGAGGUGGAGGAAGGGCUCGUACACCCUACUGCAUGACUCUGAGAACAGCAGGGAGUUUGGCCUGGACCUGCUUCUGUCACUCGGAUGUUCAGGCUGGCCGCAGGCUUCAGGGGGGUUCACUUCCUAUAUUGCUCAUGGAGAAGACGAGGAGCUUUUGACUGUGAAUCCUGAGGAGAACUCACUGGCACUGGUCUACAGGGACACGGACACUCUGAAGUUUGUCAAAUAUGUCAAUGACGGAAGCUCCUCACACAACCACAAAGAGCCACCUGGAACUUUCUAUGACUUCUCUUUUGUUUAUUAUGAGUAAAUUUGAUGUUGAAAUAA